UUAUCGCUCCGCCGCCCCACAAGCCUCGGCGCCGGCAGCCAUAUUGAAUCCUGGACGAUGGCGCUCUGAAUUAAUCCCUGAAUUCUGUUCUCAUCGUUACUCUUUGCUGGGAUUUACCCGCAGGGAAUUGCUAACAGAUAUUUUGGAAUUAUUUCAAGAAAAAGAAGUUGAUCAUAGAAACUGGGAUUUAUCACCAUGAGCUUCCUUUUCGGAAGCCGAGCUAGCAAAACAUUCAAGCCCAAGAAGCACAUCCCUGAAGGCACACAUCAGUAUGACUUGAUGAAACAUGCUGCUGCUACACUCGGCUCUGGGAACCUUCGCUCGGCAGUUAUGCUGCCGGAGGGAGAGGACCUCAACGAGUGGGUGGCAGUUAACACGGUAGAUUUUUUCAACCAGAUCAACAUGCUUUAUGGAACGAUAACAGAAAUGUGCACAGAGGAGUCGUGUCCUGUGAUGUCUGCAGGUCCUAAAUAUGAAUACCAUUGGGCUGAUGGCCAGACUGUCAAAAAGCCCAUUAAGUGUUCUGCUCCUAAGUAUAUUGAUUAUCUGAUGACUUGGGUACAGGAUCAGCUGGAUGAUGAAGCACUCUUUCCAUCUAAGAUUGGUGUACCUUUUCCAAGGAACUUUCAAAGUAACGCAAAGACAAUACUGAAACGACUUUUCCGGGUGUAUGCGCAUAUCUACCACCAGCACUUCUCAGAAGUUGUACAGUUGGGUGAGGAGGCACAUCUCAAUACUUCCUUCAAGCACUUCAUAUUUUUUGUCCAGGAAUUCCAGUUGAUAGAGCGGAAAGAACUUGCACCUCUGCAGGAGCUGAUUGACAAACUUUCGGCCAAAGAUCGAUGAUUCCAAGUGUAAACAGUAUUCAUCUUCCAUAAAUGUUUAGGUAUAGGGAAGAAAAGGGGAAGAUCUGUGCAUCAUCCUAGUUUGGGUUAUCACAGACAAGGGGAAAGCUCUCACGUAUUGAUUAUGUUCUCAGGGAAGAGGCUCGUGGAUUUUGCCAUGUAUGUGGUUCUGUGUUAUGGCCAAACUAAACAUUGAUUUGGUAUAUUUGACGAGCAUAACCCAAUUCUUCAAGCAAAAGGUCAGUUCAAAUUAAUACUGAAACACAUUUUUUCAAAUUCUUAGAAAUGUCAUCAUGGUUUCAGGGAGCAGUUAAAUCAACUUGCAGGAAAUUCCCCAUCUCAGAGGGAUGAGAAACUAAUCAUUGCAUGUGAGGGGUUGAAAAGUUACUAAUUUAUUGUAGCUAUAAGUAAAUUGACAUUCAUUGUAUGAUGGCAGAUGCAUGCCCAGUGAGGCAUUACUGCAUACGGAGAAGCCUUGCUUGUGCAUGUUUCUCAAGUCUGCUUGUUGUACUUAAUAAGGCCAGAAUGUUAUUGUUUGGAAUAGCAAGUCUUGUUAUUUACUUUGAGAAAGGGUAGAAUGAUUGCUAUCAUGAAAGCCUGUAAACAGAUCUUUCCAUAAUUUUGGACCAGUUACUGUGUACAAGUUAGGAUGGUCCUCAGUGAUUACUAGAGGGUAAGGGGAGGUUACCUUGAGGUGCUUCCGGGGCUUAGCGUCCCCGCGGCCAGGUCGUCGACCAGGCCUCCUGGUUGCCGGACUGAUCAACCAGGCUGAUACAUUUGAUCUUAGCUGCUUUUACAUAAGGAGCAGUAUACGUUCUGGACAUUCCAAAAUGACCACACUGGUUUGUGAGACAGAUUACAGAGGGAAAAAUAAGAAUUGAACAUUAUUAUUUUGGUAAAUGCAGCAAAGAUUUCAGCAACUUUUAUUUUGUUCUUGAAUAUAAUGUUGUCUGCCACUGCUUGCAAAGAGGGUCAUUGUUGAACCUCAAAAAAAAAAGUAUGAAAAGUAAGUUUUGCUUUUGCACUUUUCUGGACAUUAGACCAGACUCACAUGCCUUUUUAGUCCCAUUGAUAUUUUCCAUAAAAACUAUUGUUUUAUGGUAUGCUUCCUCCCAUUCACCUGAUUGUAUUGUGUUCAUUUGGUGUUCAUCCUUAAAUUGUUCUGUCCUCUGUGCUUGCAGGAGGCUGUUAUGUUUCCAGACCAUGUAGUUACUAGUUUAUAUAGUAUAUUUUUAAUUGAAGAUUUGAUAUAUCUUCAGAUUUAUUUCUGCUUAUCAUACUAAUAUGGUAUUAUUACGUAUAGAUUGUUUGGCUUUGUAGUUAAUCUGAGAGGGUUCGUUAGUUACAGUAAGGAACUUUGAUGUUUGAGUUCAUUUGAGGCAUUAGUACUUUAAUUACAGUACACUUAACAAGUGCUUUAAAAGUCUGCUGUUCUAAAAGAAUAAAACCAGGGAAGAAAUAAUUGAUAAUUAUUGAUAAAUUCUUUCUCACGUGUUUAUUUUAAUCACCUGAUAAAGGGACUUGUAUUAGUAACAAUUAUAUUUUAAUUAUGGAAGAUUUUGAAUAUGUAAAUAGGCUUGUAAUACAUUGCUGGUGAUAUAUUGUACGAAUCAAUCUGCGUUGGAAUUUGUUUUAGCAAUGACACCUGGGUACAAAUCCUUGAGUCUGGGGAGAGGGGGGGGGAAGGGUAAGUCUAAUUAUAAUCUAAUAGCUUUGUUUUUUAUUUUGCCUUUCCUUUGAGGGUAUGAAGACUUCUCAUUAAUGUUAGGCCCAGGCUAUAGAAAUUAUGGCACAUAUGUUUACAUAUCAGGAAAUAUGAAUAUAUACAUUUUAGAGUUGUAUGUUAGAUAUUUUCAUUUUCAUUAAUCAAUUUAUGCUGAUAGUGAUUUUAUAUUAUAUAUAUAUAUAUAUAUAUAUAUAUAUAUAUAUAUAUAUAUAUAUAUAUAUAUAUAUAUAUAUAUAUAUUAUCACACACACACACACACACACACACACACACACACACACACCCACACCCACACCCACACCCACCCACCCACCACUUUUAUCUUAACACAAAUUAUUGGUUAAUUGGGAAGUUUAAAUUACUGUACUAAGUCCUAUAUCCCUUGUAGAAUACCCUCGGUAAACUAUGUAUAAAUAUAAUGUGAGUAUGCCAAUUUAUUUGCGGUCAGAAAGUUUUAUUGAGUUGAUUAUACAGCACCAGGAAGGUUUAUUAUGUUGUAGCCCAGAACGUAUUUGAUGUGCAAGACUGGUAGAGCAGUGUUGUGCAUCCACUCACCCAUUGGCUGAGGUGCCCUGGUAGGAGGCCCUAGUUGAGUAGUGCCCACUGCUAGUGCUAUAGGACCUGUUGGAAUGUCUUACAAGUGGGCCAGAGUAGUCUAGGUGGUAACGCUUUAGUAUUGGAUGUGAAGAUGGAUGGUGAAGAUGGUGAAGAAGGCUAAUGCAAUUAUUCAGCUUACUUUUUCUUAGAAGUGAAUAUAACAGUAGCAGAAUGAGCCUUAUUGAGAUUAAUAAGACUAUUUGGAUGCUAGAUGAACUAUACUGUAAUGUAGCAUGAAUGUGUACGACGCACGGUAUUACGAAUAGCGAAUGAGUAUUCUUUGGUGCUUUGAGUCAAGAAAGAAGCUCUUGGCUGAUAUUUGUUUAAGGUUGUAGCUCACUGAAAGCAAAGUUUAUUUUGUGCUUGCUAAGAUUUUGUUGUAUGAAUUAGGUCAUAUAUUCAAAUUAGAUUAAUAUUGUUAUGGUCAUAUCAUAUGUAAAAUUUAGUGCAAGAAGGGUAUAAUUAGAAGUUUUUGUUGAAUUAGGGUACAGUUGAAUGGAGUGCUUAUAAUUCAGUGCCAGUAAUUCCUAUUAAGAUCUUCCGUGAUGAGUGGAUAAGAUAUUGGCAUAUCAUUAUUUUUUUAACUUUUUUAUAUAUAAAAACACUACUACAUAAUAAGAUAAUGAGGGAUAAAUUGUUUAAUAAGAGUUUUAUGAAAACAAUGGUUAUAAGAUCAAAGAACAACACUUAUCAAGAAAUGGAAGUACAAACCACAAAUUAAUUUUAAUUUGAUUUUGUUUAUAGAGUCUUGUUAAUGGUGUUACAGAGAAGUUUUAGUUCUCUUACUCGUCUUGCUAUGUUGUUCAUUAAAAACUGUAGGACUCUACUGUGCAAAUUCACUUAAAUUCAGCUUUUUAAAAGUUAAAUGCCGAGGAUCUUGAAACGGGAGUUAACCUUGGAUAUCUUAUUGUACUUGUUUGAUGUAAUCCCUUCGUUAAUGUUAGUGAUUAAUGUUGGAGAAAAGGAAGCAUUCAGGGUAAAGAUAGGUUGUGUGCAUACACCCACUUUUCUUAUGGCAUAAUUGUGAGCAUUUUCACAAUUAUUUUCUUUAAAAUAAUUUACUAGGUAAAAAAAAAAUUGUAAUAAAAUAAUAUACAAUGGCUUUAAUAUCUACAUUGGUAAUGUAAAGGUAUUUAUAUAGCUAUGUGGCCGAGUUGUUUUUGAAUCUCUGAUUUUUAGCAUGUAUGUGAGACGGGCUGACAACACACUGGUGACGACUAUUUAAUGAUAGUCGAUUUAUAGUCGAUAAUGAUUUAUUGAGCAUGAUGUUUAGUGUUCAUUUUCAUUGGUCCAGUAUAAAUAUUUUUGAGUUAUUGAUUUCUCUAUUGCACUUCAGUAUUUUUAUUCCUGAACAAAAGGAUCAUUCAUUUGUUUUCUUUGUACAUACAUUAUUUAUAUACCAUAUAUAUUAGGAGAUAAGAGUCUGCAAUAUAAAUAGAAUUGACCCCUUAUAUUAUAUCAACAAAAUAGAACUACAAACUAGAAAAGUUUACAGGAACAUUCUGAAUUGUUUUUCUUGAGCCAAAUAAGGUACACAAGUUUGGAAGACUAAUUGUAAUUGAUCUUAUUUAGUCUUGGAGAUAACCCCUAAAUCUUAUGAUUGCGUCUGUGAGAAGUGUGCUAGGUAGUAAUAUAUCAUUGUCACUUGACUUUGAAAGGUUACUUAAAUUUUAUUAAAAUACCUGCUAGUAAUGCUUAAUGACUAUGCGUGGGAGCCUUGAACGAAGCACGACCUAAAAUAAUGUCUGCAGGAACAAAAGGUUUAAUUAAAUAAUUAUAAUGCUAUAAACUGAUGAUAUUUGUAGACAUUGCUGAUUAUUUCAUUCACUCUCUGUAUAGAGUCCUAAAUUUGCCAAGUGACUUAAAACUAACAUAUUACAGCUUAUAAUUGUUUUAUUGUUUGAUAUAUGGCAAUUGAGCUACCAGUUCCUAUACAAGCACAAUAUUUGAUUGGGUUCAGAUUGCAAUUUUUAUAUGAAUCAUGUAUUUCUGUAAAAUCCAUUAAACUGAAAAAUGCCUCUUUAAGCACAUUGUGGGUAUUUUCAGUCUUGUAAUUCUGUUGUAAUACAUAUUUUUUAUCUUA